AUGAAUUAAUAUGAUUAAGACUUCAAAUGUUCAUCAACUAGAAGUUCAUAAAAGGAAUUAAGUGAAAAUUGGUUUCGUACACCUAAAGCUACACAACGUACCAUUACACUUUAAUAUGAUAAUAAGAUAUAAAGUAAAAAAUUAAUAGAAAAUAAUAAAUCAAUAACUUAACCUUGUAAAUCAUUUAGAGAAAGUUUCUAAAAAAUAUUAUCUAAAAUAGGUAGCUUUGUGACUUCAACAAGUGAUUUCUAAUCUCCUAUGCAAUAAAUAUAUGACCAUUAAGUUUGAGAAUUGAAAACUAUACAUAUGUAAAAUCUAAAUUUUUCUUUGUAAGUAAUUUAUACUACAAUCUUUAGUCAGAAAUUAUUAAUCUUAAAUAACAAAUUCAAAUCUAGACAGAUUAAAUUAAACAAAAAGAUAUGAUGAUUAAAAAAAUAAACUUUACAGUCUAAUAAAUAACAUCAGAUAAUUAAUGA